AUGCCUCUCCAACAAGUCUCAGCAUUGAUCAACAUCCUUGUUUACAUAUACGAUGCCCAUCAGCACGUACUUCAGUUCCUGAGUCUUCGCGAACUCAGAAUAUAUGGCACCACCUGCAAAGAUAUUCACCUUGCCGUUGAAGAGUUUGUCAAAAAAGAAUACGACAUCGACACUUACCUCACCCGUUUUCUCCUCAAGAAGGACAUAUAUACCUUUUGUGAGGUGCAGCGUAUGACCAAGACCAUCAUCUCAGGAUCCAUUGCACUCCAGUUCUUCGCUCGCCUCAAUUUCCCAUCUUGCGACAUGGACUUAUACACGCCUUCGAAGGAGGCUAGCUUCAUGUGCCGUUGCCUAGAGCUUUUUGGCUGUGUGGCCAAAGCAAAGGAUGGCAGUGAGACGACUGCAGUGGCCUUGCUUGACGCCUCAUGGAGACUAAUGCUUGAAACACCGGUCAACGGAAACUCCCUGUAUGGCCCGAGAGGCAUUUUGACGGUCGUCAACUUCAGCACACCCACAGGACGUCUCAUCCAGGUCAUCGUCACAAUCAUACCACCCGUAGAGGUUUUGAUGGGCUACCACUCGAGUGAAGUUUUCUCCCUUUCGUGUAUUAUUCGCUGUUCUUACCACACGUCUUCAGCUGCUGUUAUGAACUUCAUUACCAGCACCCAUGCAUACUCACUGUAUGGGUGGGAGACAUUUGACCUUGGGCUAUCAUUGUAUACUCGUCAUCAUUUUGCAGGAAUGCCACAAGUCGUGGCAAAGUACACACGACGAGGGUGGAAGCCUUUGACGAAUGGCAGCCAAGCUGCGGACUACAUGGUCUUCAAGCCCAUGUCACGAAGCGUUGGUGACCGUAUCACUUGGAAGCUCAGGCUCAAGCUCAAUUAUUCUGACGGCUUUGAGAAACCUCGUCCGGUGGGCUCGCUGGACGUCAAGGAGAGGGCUAUGAAAUGGUUUCUUAGCUACGAUAUUAUGGGCUUCCCUAUACUUAGGCCUCAAGUUGUCACCCAUCUGCCGGUAUUGGCACCUUUGUAG